AGAGUAUAGUCACUGAGGAUGCUAACAGUGAUAUAGUGUUAAAAUUAUGCAUGUUUUCAUAUCGACUAUCAGACAGUAUAAAAGGAGUUUUGCGAGAGGCAAAAAAUAAUUACAAUCAACGCUUACUUUAAGAAGAAAUCUUCACAUCAAUAAAUCUUCAUUCAAGAAUUUUUUUAACCAUGGAGUGGAAAGCUGUGGUGAUAGUAGUUGCUGGUCUCAUGGCAACUGCAACUGGUACUCCAAUCAGCGAUUGCUCCGAUCGUUUCCAACAAUCUCUUACGGAAGCGCUACAGCUGAAGAAAACAUGUGCCACGGCUAUGCACAAGGACUGUUGCCAGAUAGCACAAGUCUCCAAAACAUUACUGGACCAAAACCUGGAAUCUGGUAUCUAUAACAUCAAAGAUUUCUGCCCAACUACGCCAUUUGGCCUGGACUUAUCCCCAGUGCAAGCACGCUGUAACAUGGAGAGUGGUGAUGGUGGAUGGAUCGUUCUCGUUCGAAGGACACCAAACGUUGCUGAGCGAACAUAUUUCGACAGAAAUUGGGUCGAUUAUGAGAAUGGAUUCGGAAACCUGAGUGGCGAGUUCUGGUACGGACUAAAGAACAUGCACUGUCUUACAAAUGCACAGCCAAUGGAGGUAGAAAUUGAAGUGAGCAAAAUUAACGGCACAAAAUUGAUAUUGUCGUAUGGUCAAUUUCAAGUUGAAGGACCCGGCACAAGCUACACACUGCAAGUUUCUGACCAACAGCACACUGGAUUCGACUUCUUUGGUUAUCACAAUGCAUUGAAAUUUACUACAGAAGAUAGAAACAACGAAAACCCAUGUGCUGCACGUAGAAAUGGAGGGUGGUGGUUCAACGUCGACGACUGCUACAACGUUGGUAUAUCAUUAGACCCUCGUCCACAGCUCCAUCAAAGAAGCGCUGGAGGUUUCAUGGCCUUCGAUUAUGCUGAGAUGAGAGUUCGUGCUAAGUCAUGUAUGGCACCAACGUGCGAGAAAUUGUGUGGAGAAAUAAAAGAAAUCUUCACAUCAAUAAAUCUUCAUUCAAGAAUUUUAAUCAUGGAGUGGAAAGCUGUGGUGAUAGUAGUUGCUGGUCUCAUGGCAACUGCAACUGGUACUCCAAUCAGCGAUUGCUCCGAUCGUUUCCAACAAUCUCUUACGGAAGCGCUACAGCUGAAGAAAACAUGUGCCACGGCUAUGCACAAGGACUGUUGCCAGAUAGCACAAGUCUCCAAAACAUUACUGGACCAAAACCUGGAAUCUGGUAUCUAUAACAUCAAAGAUUUCUGCCCAACUACGCCAUUUGGCCUGGACUUAUCCCCAGUGCAAGCACGCUGUAACAUGGAGAGUGGUGAUGGUGGAUGGAUCGUUCUCGUUCGAAGGACACCAAACGUUGCUGAGCGAACAUAUUUCGACAGAAAUUGGGUCGAUUAUGAGAAUGGAUUCGGAAACCUGAGUGGCGAGUUCUGGUACGGACUAAAGAACAUGCACUGUCUUACAAAUGCACAGCCAAUGGAGGUAGAAAUUGAAGUGAGCAAAAUUAACGGCACAAAAUUGAUAUUGUCAUAUGGUCAAUUUCAAGUUGAAGGACCCGGCACAAGCUACACACUGCAAGUUUCUGACCAACAGCACACUGGAUUCGACUUCUUUGGUUAUCACAAUGCAUUGAAAUUUACUACAGAAGAUAGAAACAACGAAAACCCAUGUGCUGCACGUAGAAAUGGAGGGUGGUGGUUCAACGUCGACGACUGCUACAACGUUGGUAUAUCAUUAGACCCUCGUCCACAGCUCCAUCAAAGAAGCGCUGGAGGUUUCAUGGCCUUUGAUUAUGCUGAGAUGAGAGUUCGUGCUAAGUCAUGUAUGGCACCAACGUGCGAGUAACCUAAGUAGGAGCUCAUCCGUGAGAAUUAAGCUGAACAGACAGAAAGCUGGAAUUUUAUCAUUUUUAUAGUUAGGUGUAUAUAGCUGUACUUUAUAGUAGAUAAUCACAUGGUUCUGUAUUGCAUGUGCUUAUUUAGUGCAGUCAUUAUUUUGUGAAGAAA